CAUGCAUGCUCCUGCUCAUGCCCAUACUCGUGGAUUUACAUCCCACGCGCCUUCUGUCACUAAGCAACGGGUGCUCCCAAGUCGAGUGUAUGUGCCCACUCAAAACACAUUAGAAACAUGGGUCAAUGAUUCAUCCUGCUUUCUCUUUUUUCUCUUUCUCUACACACAAGCCCCAAGUACCUAGGUACCUACCUACCUACACACAUGCACAUGCAUACAUCGUGAUGGUGGACUUCCUUUGGCGUUGCACUAACGCACAUACCCAUGUACCGUGUUUUUCUCCAUCUCCCCUAUUUCUUCGACUGGAUAGCCCGAGUCACUGGUUCCCAUCAUUCCCAGCGACCUGGUUCUCUGGUGCCCUGGACCAAGCUUGGUAGGUUCAGGCUAUGUUCCCUCUCUACGUCAACUGUACAGACUUGUUAUUGGCUCGUGUCACCUCUAAUUUUGAUUCUGUCCUCACCGGAGAUACAUCAAUUGUCUCUCAACACACUCUCUUCUCACCUUUCACGGGGUGCACCUACAGUCCAUUUUCAGUCUGUAGACACCUUGCCUCCCUUGCCUACCUCACCUACCAACCUACCGACCUACCUACCGUACAGGCCGUCCCCUUGUCCACCCGUCUCUUCAUAUGUUCACAUGUCCUAUACUUCUCCUGUCUCUCUCUUCUUUUCUGUGAGGCACCACCUUAAUACUUCUCUCUGUCUUUCUUGUCCCAUUGACUCUGAUUACUUCUAUGUUGUUCUGAUUUCAAACUCGAUUCUGCACUAAUUGUGCCUUCAUACGCCACUGUAUUUCUUACAUUCGUUUUGAGGGUUGGAGCUGUCUCUGUUCUGACAGCUCGGUCGGAGACUUUGGCACCUUGAUUCCUAUUCACGGUGCCAGAAGACUUCACGCAAAAUAAUCAAAACAAAACAAAGAUCCAUUAUCAACACAGCGGUUAUUUUGUGUGCCUACUUCCAAAGUCCAACGCAUACUCUACUAUCCUGAACGUGUCAUCAUACUUUUAUUAUUCUACUUCAUCCAAAUUCACCAACUUUGUUGAUAUCAGCUAGGGGUCUAAAUCAGGAGACAAAAUGCGGUGGUUUGCCUCCAUUCAGAAUGCCUUUGACAAGGCAACAGAGAAGUUCUCUGCAUUGGACCAGAGGAUUAACAGGUCGACUUUUGGUAGAGUCUUCCGUCUUGACGGUUCCGGCCAUCCAAAAUCCAUACGAGGGGCCAC